AGCGAUUUGCAGAAAUUGCAGAACUCCAUCAAUCAAAUGGAAGAGCGUGGCAUGCAAAACGACCCCCGAUACAACCAGGCCCGCCAGUUGCACCAAAACAUGAUGGCGCGCCAAGGUCCGCCGGGUGGUCCCCCCGGGGGCCCGCCCACCAGCGCCAGUCCCACUGUUCCACCCAACAUGCAAGUACCGGCUUCGAGCGCACCACGCCCAGCGCCGGCUGCCGGUCAAACGCCCGGGGGCCCUCCCACUUCGACCGGCGGAUCCAACGCAAACGUCAAGCCCAAUCGUGUCACACCCGUCGCCAAACCGGCGGGAAUCGAUCCCAUCACAUUGUUGCAAGAGCGGGAGAACCGAUUGGCCGCCCGAGUGGCUCAUCGCAUCGAUGAGUUGUCCAACCUGCCCGUCAACAUGGCGGAUGACACGCGGACCAAAGCCGAAAUUGAGUUGCGCGCCUUGCGGCUGCUCAACUUUCAGCGCCAGUUGCGCGCUGAGGUGGUGGCUUGCACGCGUCGCGACACCACCUUGGAGACGGCCAUCAAUGUCAAGGCCUACAAGCGCACCAAACGGCAGGGUUUGCGCGAGGCCCGUGCCACCGAGAAGCUGGAGAAGCAGCAACGCCUCGAGGCUGAGCGUCGUCGCCGUCAAAAGCAUCAAGAGUAUUUGAAUGCCGUGCUCAACCACGGGCGCGAGAUGCAGAACUUCCACAAGACGAACAUCACCAAGAUCCAGAAGCUCAAUCGCGCCGUGCUCAAUUGGCACGCCAACCACGAGCGCGAACAAAAGAAAGAGCAGGAGCGGAUCGAGAAGGAGCGCUUGCGGCGACUCAUGGCCGAGGAUGAGGAGGGCUACCGGAAGCUCAUCGACCAGAAGAAGGACAAGCGUCUGGCGUUUCUGCUCUCGCAGACCGACGAGUACAUCAAUCAACUCACGGACAUGGUCAAGCAACACAAGGUGGAACAAGUCCAGAAGCAGAAGGAGCUCAAGAAGAAAGCCAAGAUGGAGAAUGCGGCCAUGCUAGACGAGAGCUCGCAAAUGAGCGACGUACGCGUCCACGUCAAGGAAUUGAGUACGGGCAAAAUUCUCCGUGGAGAGGAGGCACCUUUGGCGUCGGAACUCGAAUCUUGGUUGGAAAAGAACCCCGGCUACGAAGAGGUGCCAAGAGACGAGGAUAGCGAUGCCUCGGACACCGAGGACACCGUCGACAAUCCCUCCUCCACCGAAGCCAUUCUGGCCAAGGCCAAAGAGGAAGCCACCAAAGAGGACGAUGGGGGCGACGGUCAAGACUACUACUCGAUCGCUCACACCAUUUCCGAGGAGAUCACCGAGCAAGCCGCCAUGUUGGUGGGUGGCAAACUUAAAGAAUAUCAGGUCAAGGGUCUUGAAUGGAUGGUGUCCUUGUACAAUAAUUGUCUCAACGGCAUCUUGGCCGACGAGAUGGGCUUGGGCAAGACCAUUCAAACCAUCGCUCUCAUCACAUACCUGAUGGAGAAGAAGAACAACAUGGGCCCGUACCUCAUUAUCGUGCCCCUAUCCACAUUGUCUAACUGGACGCUGGAGUUCGACAAAUGGGCGCCGGCUUGCAACGUGGUCAGCUACAAAGGCAGUCCCGCUGCCCGUAGGUCCGCUCAGAAUCAAAUGAGAGGAUCUAAAUUCAACGUUCUUGUCACCACCUACGAAUACGUCAUCAAGGACAAGGCCGUCUUAUCUAAAAUCCGUUGGAAGUACAUGAUCAUUGAUGAGGGUCAUCGCAUGAAGAACCACCACUGCAAGCUCACGCAGAUCUUGAACACGUUCUACACGUCCAACAAUCGAAUCCUAUUAACCGGCACCCCACUUCAGAACAAGCUCCCCGAGUUGUGGGCCUUGCUGAAUUUCUUGCUCCCAUCCAUCUUCAAGGCGUGCAACACGUUCGAGCAGUGGUUCAAUGCUCCCUUCGCCAUCACCGGCGAGAAAGUCGAGCUCAACGAAGAGGAGACCAUCUUGAUCAUUCGUCGCUUGCACAAGGUCCUUCGGCCUUUCCUCCUACGACGCCUCAAGAAAGACGUGGAAUCCCAAUUGCCCGACAAAGUCGAGUACAUCAUCAAAUGCGAGAUGUCUGGCCUUCAGCGAACCCUUUACAAUCAUAUGCAAGAAAAGGGCGUCAUGAAAACGGACAAGAUCGCCAAGGGCAAAUCGGGCGGCGCCAAGGCCCUUAUGAACACGAUCAUGCAGUUGAGAAAGCUCUGCAACCAUCCCUUCAUGUUCCAACAUAUUGAGGAAUCCUAUGCCAAGCACAUCGGUUCUCCCACAGACAUCGUCACGGGUCCAGAUGUGUACCGAGCGGCCGGGAAAUUCGAGCUCAUCGAUCGGGUUCUGCCCAAGAUGAAGGCUACUGGCCAUCGAAUCCUCAUGUUCUGUCAAAUGACUCAAUGCAUGACCAUCAUCGAGGAUUACUUCAAUUAUCGGGGCUUCAAAUUCCUCCGAUUGGACGGCAUGACCAAGAGCGAGGAACGAGCUGACAUGCUGAAGAUCUUCAAUGACAAAAACUCGGAUUACUUCAUCUUCCUGCUCUCCACUCGAGCGGGAGGUUUGGGAUUGAAUCUCCAAACCGCUGAUACGGUCAUCAUAUUCGAUUCGGAUUGGAAUCCCCAUCAGGAUCUGCAAGCCCAAGAUCGAGCUCAUCGAAUUGGGCAGAAAAACGAAGUGCGGGUCCUUCGACUCAUGACCGUGAAUUCCGUCGAGGAACGUAUCCUGGCCGCAGCUCGAUACAAGCUCAACAUGGACGAAAAGGUCAUUCAGGCUGGUCGGUUCAACAAUCGGUCCACCGGUUCAGAGCGACGCGAGCUGCUCCAAUCGAUCUUGCGAGCGGAUGAAGAAGAAGAGGAAGAAAACGAGGUGCCCGACGAUGAGGUCAUCAAUCAAAUGAUUGCUCGCAGUGAGGAGGAGUUCGAGAAGUUCCAACAGAUGGAUAUCGAUCGGCGAAGAGAAGAGGCCAACCAAGGCUCCAACCGAAAAGAUCGCUUGAUUCAGAUAAAAGAACUCCCCGAGUUCCUCAUUCAAGAGGAUGAUGAAGAGGAAGAGGAGGAGGAAGAAGAAGUCGUGUACGGUCGUGGAAGUCGUGCCAAGAAAGAUACUAAUUAUAGCGAUCAAUUGUCUGACAAGGAGUGGCUGAAAGCCAUCGGGGCUGAAGACGAGGACUUUGACGAUGACGAGGAUGGUGGAGGUGGCCCUGUGGGCGGUCCGGAGGAUGUAGAAUCCAAGCGGACAGGGAAGCGUGGAAAGAAAAAGCGUCGAGACGAAGAGGAGGUCGAGGAUGAGUUCGGAGGACCCAGUCGAAAGAAGAAGAAGAGCUCGCUCAAGCGGCUUCAGAAGAAGAUGACCACCCUCAUGCAGAUCGUAAUCCAGUACAAGGACAAAGAUGAGCGAGUGCUGAGUGAGCCCUUCCUGAAGCUGCCUUCCAAGAAGGAACUUCCGGAUUAUUACGAAGUCAUCAAGCGGCCCGUGGACAUUGCCAAGAUCAUGAACAAGAUCAAUGAGGCCAAGUACGAAGAUCUGGAAGGUCUGGAGAAGGACUUCAUGUUGAUGUGCUCGAACACUCAGAAGUACAACGAGGACGGAUCCCUGAUUUACGAAGAUUCGAUUGUCCUCCAAUCCGUGUUCACUAAUGCUCGCGAACGUUUGGACGAGGUCGUGGAUAGCAUGGACGACAAGGAAGAGUUGGAGGGUUCGGGUAAGACUACGCCUCUACCUAGUGCGGAGACCUCUCUGCAAGGCCCACCCACCACCUCUGGGGAUUUAGACGAAAGCCCCGCCUCAAGCAAAGGGAGUAAUUCGGCCACGAAGAAGCGAAGGAAAGUCACCGAAUCCGUUGGAAUUGGCCGUGGCAAAGGCGGCAAGAAGAAAAGUUCCAAGUACGUCCAAUCCGACGACGAGGAUGAUGAUGACAUGGACGACGACCUCCAAGAUGAUCAUCCACUCCAUAGUGCUCAGCUGUUUUCACGUGGACACAUUUGUCAACUUUCAAGGACCUUAUUCCAAGUUCGUUACACUUUCCAUCCGGGGCCAAUCCACCGGUAUCAUUCUGUGAGCAAACUUGAAGCGAUAAUGCCGCCCAAAAAAGGUAAAAAGGGCAAAAAACAAGAUGACGAAUGGCCGGACGAUGAGCAAGACAAGAUAAUCGAGGAAAAGAUGAAAAAUCUCUUGGUGGGUGGGGGCCAAGAGCCGGAUGUCUCCGAGGAUCAGGUUGCCGCUUCCAACCUCCCCUCAGGGCCCUCAGGGAAAGCGAGCAAGGGCAAGAAGAAGAAGAAAGGUUUUGUCAUGGCCAUGAGUGACGAGGAUGAAGCCAGAUCCGGCCCUGAUGAUCAAGAUGAGGACGCGAACGAGAGCCAAUCCAAAGCAUCCAAGAAGGACCAAAAGAGUAAGAAGGCGAACGAUGAAUCCGAGGACGAGGAAGCCUUGCAAGAGGAUGAGUCCAAGGACAGGAAGAAAGCUAAGGGCAAGAACAAGAAAGGACGAAAAAUGGUGAAGGAAGAAGAAGAAGAAGACGAAAAGCGGGACGAUGUCAAGGAUUCCCCGGAGGAAGACGAGGCAGGGGAAGAUUCGCACGAAUCUGAUCAAGAAGGAUCAGAGGAGGGAAAGAGCAAGAAAUCGGGGACCAAGAAGGUCGUGUUGACGCACAAGGAGAAGAAAGAGUUGAAGAAGAAGCAAAAAAUGGAAGCCGAAAUGGCUCGGAUCACCAAAAAGGGCGGUGAAGGUCAUUCCGAAUUGGGCGACAACUUUACCGUGGCUCAAGCUCUCAAGACCGGCGGAGCACUAGCGCAAAUGGAAACGGCCGUGGACAUCAAGAUUGAUAAAUUUAGCAUUGCCGCCAAGGGCAAAGACCUCUUCCGAGAUGCCAGUCUCCUCAUCGCUCAAGGCCGAAGGUACGGUUUGGUGGGACCUAAUGGGCAUGGCAAGACCACGUUGCUCCGACAUAUCGGCAAUCGAGCCCUCCAGAUUCCGCCCAAUAUUGACGUGCUCUACUGCGAGCAAGAAGUAAUGGCGGAUGAGCGAUCCGCCCUGGAAACCGUUCUUUCCGCCGAUGUGAAGCGCACGGAGUUGAUGAAGACGUGCGACGACCUCGAGAAGCAACAGGAAAAAGGCAAGGACGUGACCGAUCAGCUCACAGAGGUCUAUGAUGAACUGCGGGCUAUCGGUGCGGAUCAAGCCGAGCCCAAGGCUCGGAGACUCUUGGCGGGUCUGGGGUUCACCCGGGAGAUGCAGGAUCGGCCGACGAAUAAGUUCUCGGGCGGUUGGCGUAUGCGUGUGUCCUUAGCACGAGCCUUGUUCAUUGAGCCCACGUUGUUGAUGCUUGACGAGCCCACCAACCAUUUGGACCUGAAUGCCGUGAUCUGGUUGGAUAACUACUUGCAGAACUGGAAGAAGACCUUGCUGAUCGUGUCCCACGACCAGUCAUUUUUGGAUAAUGUGUGCACCGAUAUCAUUCACCUGGAUCAGUGUAAACUAUGGUACUACAAGGGAAACUACUCCAUGUUCAAGAAGAUGGUUGUUCAGAAACGCCGAGAAUUGAACAAAGAGUACGAGAAGCAAGAGCGACGAAUCAAGGAGCUCAAAGCCUCUGGAUCAUCCAAGAAGAAAGCCGAGGCCAAAACCAAGGAGGUGCUCACAAGAAAGCAGGAGAAGAAUCGGACCAAGCUCCAGAAGAAUGACGACGACCAAGGGCCCACGGAGCUCUUGGAGAAGCCCCGCGAAUAUACGGUCAAAUUUAGGUUCCCCGAGACAUCCCAACUCCAGCCACCCAUCCUGGGAUUGUUCAACGUGAGCUUCAAGUACCCGGAUCAACCUUAUCUAUUCAAGAAUGUAGACUUUGGGAUUGACAUGGAAUCCAGGGUUGCCAUCGUAGGGCCAAAUGGCGUGGGCAAAUCCACUUUCCUCAAGCUCCUCAUGAACGACUUGACAGCCACGCAAGGCGAAGCCAGACAAAAUCUAAGGCUCAAAAUUGGCCGAUAUGAUCAACAUUCCGGAGAGCAUUUGACCGCCGAUGAAUCGCCCACGGAAUAUUUGAUGCGUUUGUUCAACUUGCCAGUCGAGAAAGCCCGUAAGCAAUUGGGAUCCUUUGGUCUUCAAUCCCACGCCCACAUUAUCAAGAUGAAGGAUCUCUCAGGUGGUCAAAAAGCUCGCGUGGCUCUGGCUGAACUGUGGCGUGAUCAUCGUGUCUCACGACGAGCGGUUAAUCCGUGACACGGGUUGCCAACUUUGGGUGAUUGAGGAGCAGACCAUCAAUGAGAUUGAAGGUGGCUUCGAUGACUACCGGAAAGAGGUCCUGGAGGCUCUGGGUGAGGAGGUCAGCAAUCCCUCUUUGAUUGCCAAUCAAGCUGUCCUCCAAAGCUGAGUUUGUUCAUCCCACGAGUGUUUUCCAGUUUCAUUUCUAUUUAUGAAUAAACCUAAGCAUAGAGGCUCCGAGUGAGAUCCGUCAAAAGGAUGGCUCUACAUUGGGAGUGCAUGUGAUUGAUUAUUUCUA